CUAAACCUUUCUUCUUCCCUCUUCAAAGCCUCGUCUCCUCCUCUCCAUUCCCUUCGUCUCUUCCUCUCUCGAGAUCGCUUCGUCUCUCGAGCUCAGCGAUGGCAUCUCUCAAGGUUCCGGCUACCGUCCCUUCUCCAUCGGAGGACGCUGAGCAGCUCCGCAAGGCCUUUGAAGGUUGGGGCACCAAUGAGGGGCUCAUCAUCUCCAUCCUCGGCCACCGCAGCGCCGCCCAGCGCCGCGCCAUCCGGCAGGCGUACCGCCAGUCCUACAAUGAGGAACUCCUCAAGGCCCUCGACGGCGAGAUCUCCGGCGACUUCGAGAGGGCAGUGCUUCUGUGGACGCUGGAUCCGGCGGAGAGGGACGCGUGGCUGGCGAACGAGGCGGUGAGGAAGUGGCGCCCCGAGAACCGGGUGUUGAUCGAGAUAGCCUGUGCGAGGAGUUCCGGAGAGCUGUUUGCAGUGAGGCAGGCGUACCAUGCGCGAUUUAAGAGAUCACUUGAGGAGGAUGUGGCGGCCCACACCACUGGGGAUUUCCGUAAGCUUUUGGUGCCACUUGUAAGUGCCUACCGCUAUGAAGGAGAAGAGAUCAACUUAACAUUGGCGAAAUCAGAGGCUAGGAUGCUGCAUGAGAAGAUCUCUGAUAAGGCCUACAACCAUGAAGAGCUUAUCAGGAUCCUUACUACAAGGAGCAAAGCACAACUGAUUAAAACAUUUAACCACUACAAUGAUGAGUUUGGUAAGCCAGUGAACAAGGAUUUGAAAUCUGAUCCCAAGGAUGACUUCCUGGCUGCUCUGCGGGCCACCAUUCGUUGCAUUUGCUGUCCUGAAAGAUACUUUGAGAAGGUCAUUAGGUUGGCCAUAAAUGGGCUGGGAACAGAUGAGAAUGCUCUUACUCGAGUCAUAACUAUUCGUGCUGAGGUGGACUUGAAAGUGAUCGCAGAGGUUUACCAGAAGAGAAACAGCAUGCCACUUGAGCGUGCAAUUAAAGGCGACACUUCUGGAGAUUACGAGGCAAUGCUUCUUGCACUGCUAGGGCAGGAAGCUUGAGGAGCUUGCUCCCUUUGGUGUCGUCUCCUUUGAAUGAGAAUAAAAUCCUGGUGUAGCUGAAGGCAUGUUCGGGUGUGGAUAGUCUCUCAGUUUGUGCUGUAGUAAAUUGUGAGUGUCAGGUCGUUUCCCUGUUUUGUGUGUGCUAUGUUAAUGUAUGUGGGUUUUUCCCUUCAUCAACAUCUGUGCUGUAGGGAAUUUCGCCCUUCUUUUACCCUUGGUAUGUCUACUUUCUGAAUAUCGUGGAGUUCUCUUUA